AUGGCUGCUAUUUUAAUUUUUCGGUUUGUCGACUUUUCAUAUUUAUUUCGAUCAGAAGAAGGUCAAUUAGUAAGCGGAAAAACUAUUUUCCGACGUUAUUUCCCGAAAAAGGUAGAAAAGCUCGAAGUGACGACACCCUUGCUCUGGGAAAUUGAAGCCAGAAGCUCUAGAGAGGAAGAUGCAUCAUGCGAGAAUCGGUGCUUGUCGUGCUGUGCUCACUUCUUCUCAUUCGACUCCAACGAACUUGAGCAGGAGGAUGAAUUUGGUGAGAGAAGAAACAUACGAGAACGGUACGACUUCGAUGCCAUGCGAUACUACUAA